CCCGGCGGGUCCCGGUGCCGAUCCCGGUCCGGGCCAUGUCCGAGGCGUAUUUCCCGGUGGGCCCCGGGCUCGGGAUGGAGGAGAACUUCCUGUCGCUGGACGACAUCCUGAUGUCGCAGGAGAAGCUGCCGGGGCGCGCCGAGAGCGCUCUGCCGCGCCUGGCCCUGGCGCUGGGACAGGGGGCCGGCGGCGCCGAGUCCGUCCCGGAGGGAUCGAAGCUGGAAAUCCCACUGUGGCUUGCUAAAGGGCUCCACGACAGCAAAAGGAGAAUCAUUUCUGUGGAACUGCCGAAUAUCUACAAGGAAGCCUGGAGGACAGUGUUCAGUGCUGAUGCCAAUGUGGUUGAUCUGCAUAAAAUGGGGCCCUACUACUAUGGAUUUGGCUCACAGCUGCUGAAUUUUGACAAUCCGGAGAAUCCUGAGAUAGCUCAGAGUAUCCUGCAGACGUUCAUCAACCGUUUCCGCCGCAUCAUGGACUCCUCUCAGAACGCCUACAACGAGGACACGUCGGCGCUGGUGGCCCGGCUGGAUGAGCUGGAACGAGCUUUGUUCCAGGUUGGCCAGAAAGGGCUGAAUGAUUUCCAGUGCUGGGAAAAGGGGCAGGCUUCUCAAAUCACAGCUUCCAGUCUGGUCCAGAACUACGGGAAAAGAAAGUUCACGGAAGUGGAUGGUUAAAAGCCUGAAGGACACGGAGCUGUGGUGGGGGGACACGGGGAGAUUUGCAGCCUGUCUGUCACAGAAAAGGGAAUCAAUCCCCCUGCCCGUUAAUGGGAGUUCUCUGUAACAUCUUUGGAUUGGACUAGUGUAAAUUUUAAAGGCAGAGGGCAAGGGCAUAAAAAAUGGAUCACAUCACAUCACUGAAUAUCUUUACAGCUUACUCAUUGCACUCCUGAGGAUUUGCAGAUAAAGUGCUUGCUGGGUGGCUGAAAGGCUAUGAGAGGAUUUUCUAAAAGGCUAAUUAAUAUUUAUUAUUCUUCCAAAUUGAUGUUUACAAUACCAGAUCUGGAAAAAAGUGUAAUUUGUGUAUCUUGUCUUGCCUUUCCCCUCCCAACCUCCUGGAAACAGCUUGGUGGUUUUAUGAACAGCUGUUUCCAGGUUCCCUGUUCUUUGGAGAGCCCCAGUGAUGUGGAAAAAACGCAGUGCAAGCAGCAUUAAUUAUUUUUCAUUUCUUACACGCUGUGGUGGAACAGUGAGGCAGGAAUGUUUUUCUUUGCUGACUUCUGUACACAGUGCCCUGGAGAAAAAUACCUCCUCAAACCCACAUAACAAGUGGCAGCACAGGUCUCGUGUGCUGCCUUGUCCUCCCUCUCCCUCUUUGACUCUUGUGACCUUGGUGGUGUACAGGGUAGAGAAUGUUCCUGUUUGAUGCCAGUGGCUUUUGUGAUGGAUGUUUCUCUGUGAUGGGUGUUUUAGAGGAGGCAGCAGAAGGC